AUGGCUACAGAAUUUGAUGAUCUUCUUCGUAAUGCAACCUGGAGCUUAGUCCCUUAUAACUCAUCCAUGAAUAUUGUGGGCUCUAAAUGGGUUUAUCGAAUUAAGUAUCGUGCAGAUGGUUCUAUUGAACGUUACAAAGCUCGCCUUGUUACUAAAGGCUUUAAUCAACAGUCAGCCUCCUCAGUCAUUCCUUCCUUGCUCCUCUUCCUCUUCGUAGCUGCCGCUGCCGCUGCCGCUGCCUCCUCCAACCCCAAUGGCUACAUGCACCUGCGCUUCUACAACCACGAGAGAAUCCUUGGCUCCGGUCCCAGCGCCACUGUCGUCUACGCCGUCCAGCGUCGUGACUCCAACUCUGGGGCUGGCUUCGGUAACGUCAUUGUCUACGACAACCUUCUGCGGUCCGGGGUGGAGACAGACUCGCCCAUCGUCGGCCGAAACCAGGGCAUGGGAGUGGGCUCGAGCUUGGCCGAGAACUCUGGCCUCACCAAUUUCCAGCUAGUGUUCACUGCCGGCAAGUACAACGGCAGCUCCCUCGCCCUGCAGGGGUUGUUCCCGGUCGCCCCGCUCGGGACCGUGUUCGAACGGGCGAUCACCGGAGGCACAGGAAAGUUCCGUUUGGCCAGAGGAUACCUCUUGACCACCGAAGUUUGUGCUACCAACACGACCCUCACUGGACAACUCGACGCUUAUAUCACCUUCCGUUGA